AUGGAUAAAGCACACGCUCGAGCCGUUGAGGCUCUACAACCAUUUAUUCACCUCGCCAACGCCAACAGCGCCACAUCCCCACGCUUCGUUGCGAACCUAAUCACAAAUGCCACCUCCAACCCACACACCUACGUCUUCGGCGAGCUACUAGAGACGUCAACCAUCCAAUCCCUAAGCUCCCUCGACACACCACCAGAAUACAAGAUCUACCUAAAACUCCUAGAGAUUUUCGCUUGGGGCACAUGGGAGGAGUACGAAAAUUACCAAGGAACUCCCCGCCUCCCAGAACUUAGCUUCGAGCAAGCCCAAAAACUCCGUCUCCUCUCACUUCUUUCCCUCGCAAAGACAAUCAAACCUCUCACCUACUCAGCUCUCAUGACCCAUCUCUCCCUCAAAACACCCGGUGAACUCGAAUCCCUCGUCACAACCGCUAUCUACAGCUCCCUGCUUACAGCGCGCUUAUCGCCAGCCGCUACGCCACCCACUAUUAAUGUGACAGCGGUUGCGCCGUUGCGGGAUGUCCAGCCACAGUCCCUUCCGGCUAUGAUCAGUGUUCUUGAAGAGUGGCAGACGCGGUGCGGGAAUGUAGUCAGUCAUCUGGAAACGGAGAUCCAAAAUGUUAAGUUAAAUGCGGCUAAGCGGGCUGUGAGGGAGGCGGCAUAUCAGCGAUCGUUCGAUGAGGCGCUGGAGAAGCGCAAGGCGGCUGCACCUGGAGGUGGAGUAGCUGGGGUAGGGAAUGCGGGGGGAAGUGGCAAGGGAGAGGGCAGACGGCGUGGGCGGAGGGGGUUUUGGGGAAUGGGAAAUAAGCGGGAGGCAGAUGAUAUUGAUCACGAUGAUGGGUUUUUUGAUGCGGGGGAGGGAAUGGAUAUUGACGAGGGCGCUGGGGCAACUGGAACAGCGUCUGGGCGGGGAAUUGGGAGUCGGACGAAAAGGAUACUUGCGGGCGGCCGACAGGGUUAA